AUGACGUCCCGCCUACGCGGCCCUUCGGCAGUGAAGGACACGCCGAGGGCCGCCCCGUUUGCCAAGGAUCAUUUUCAUCGAAGCGAGGCGGAAGUCCACUCCAGCCGGUCGUGCAAGAACGACGGGCGCGGCAACCGUUAUCAUUUCGGCAUGUCAAAGCAACACGACAACAAGGUAGAGCGGAACGGACAGGAAUAUAAUAAGAACUUUGUACAGGCGGAAGAGAACAAUGCCGAUCUAUUAUACAAGAAGAGCAGAGAACACUUCGGUUCCUGGGAUAUCAAGGACGUUCAGGACGACACGAGAAAAUCGAGAAAACAAGAUCUCGAUGGUACACAACUGACAAAUGGAAAAUUCAGGAGCGAGCCUGUGGGUGCUAAGCCGGAUAAAUCGCACGAUCGUCCGGAGUAUCGAGACGAAGGAUACGUAGGAUCUUUACCGAGGGAGGGUCGACAAAAAGGCGAGUUUAUCGAGAGAAAUCUCAACGGUUCUUAUAAAUCAAGAAUGAAAGAAUCCUGGGAAGAGGAAGUGGAGUCGAGAAAUCGAGGGAGGACGUCCAAGAUUAGCAGAAGCAACGACAGUAAUAACGAUUUGAUGCAACCCGUCGACGAGAGAGAUAUAUUGCUUAAGGAGAUUGAAAAUUUAGCUACCGAUGGCAGUCAGUCGCCGGACCGUAGAAUCCAGGCGAUGAUCGAGCGAUUGAAGUCACGAGAGGAGAGCAAGCUACGAUCCAAGAGAGAGCAGAGAUCAGCGAGUCCUGAAAAGGAAGCGCACGACAAGACGAAAAGCGACGGCAGGAAUGAUAUAAGAUCGCCGAUCAUUGAUUAUCCGCAUGAUAAUUUAUCUAACGCACGAGAUAGGAAACUGAAGGAUGAUCGUGAUGACGAGCCGCGCAGAUCGAGCGAGUCCAAGCUGAUUGGAAAAUGCGAUCGAGAAGAGGACGCAGUUCGACGUGAGCGAUCUACUGAUCGAAAAUCGAGAAGCUCUGAGAGGCGGAACGAGACCUGCGAGCCUCGACGAGACGACAGUUUUCGAAAAACGAGCAACACUUACAGUGCCGAGAGAAAUUACCGAAGGAAAUCGAUAGAGGACGAAGAAAAUCAUCCUCGAUCGAGGGACAAUUCUUCAAAGAGGAGAAGCUACAUUUAUGAGGGUUCGCCGGAGGAUUUUGACGUGAGGAUACAGAGGUACGACCGGGCUCUUCUUGAACCUAGGAGAGAUCUGGACAGAAGUUCGCCCAGACGAAGUUCGUCCAGGGAACCACAUCUGACCAGGAAAGAAUCUCUAAAGGAGUACACUCGAGAACCGAUAACCAAGAAGAAUUCCUUCAAAGCUGAAUCUAAGAGGACACCUAGCAAGGAUCGCGGUGAGUCUAAUUUGGCCAGAAAAACAUCAUUUAAAGAUGUGGAUAACGAUACAUAUAAGAAGCACGUUUCGAAAAAUCCACACGAGAGCUCGAUCAAGUACUUCGGCAAGGAUCAGGAAGACUCGUCAUGUAAGAAUUCCUUCAAAGAUGUAAGCACAGAUAUAAAUAGAAAAGAUUUCUUUAGUGUACGAGAUGGUGAAUUCGAUAGAACUUUCCUGAAAGAUCAGAAUGACGAUGCGAAGAAGAGAGUCUCAUCCAUGGAACAUGCUGGUGGCGUCAGCAGAAUUGUCUUGAGAAAUGAUGACGAAUCGAGUAGAAGCAACUCGUUUAAGAAUGUAAACGAAGAUUCCGGAAAGAAGAAUUCGUUUAAGGAAAAGAACGUCGAGUUCGGUGAGAUUUCCUACAAGGAUCAUGAGAGAAAUUCAGAAAGGAGGAAGAACAGUUUCAAGGACGAUGACAAGGAAUUCAGGCGAACGUUGUAUCACGAUUACGAGAACAAUAUCGAUAGAAAAACUGCGAAUGAUCGAUAUAUAGAGUUCGGUAAGGUAUCCUUUAAGACACAAGAUGACGAAUUACGUGUUUCAAGUCCUCUUCAGGAGGAGAACAACAAAGUAAUAGUCAGAACAAGUUCAUUCAAGGAGCGUGACGCUUCCCCGAAAAGACGCCCGUCGUUGCGAAGCAGAGAUCACGAGACAUUCGAUAGGAAAUCGGACAACUAUUCGAGAGCGUUGUCGCCAUCGAAGAAAGAUGAGGCGGAGAGUAAUACCAAAAACUCGAAAAAUUUCUGCGCCAAGUCUUGGUACGAGAGCAACCGGAUAUUUUCCGCUAAGUAUCUGCGGGAUCACAGUAAGGUGCGAAAUGCUCCAGAAGGACAACUUGACGUCGACGUCUCGCCGGAGCGAGAAUUUUUGGUGCUGCAAGACACGCGGGGCAGCACAGUUGAGACAACUACUAACGAUCCUGAGGAGAAUCGCUUCGAGACACGUGGCGGAAUUGACUCGGGCGACAGCGAGUCGCCGCGAUUUUCCUCGGCUCGUGACCGCAACGGUACCACGAUCAUCAGGAUACGAUCAUCGGAGGAUUCCGGCAGCGCGGCAGAGAGACGCCGGCGGCGUCGUCCGGCGCAAGAGAUAUGCGCGGUGAGGCCCAGGAAAUACGAAGACGACGAUGAGGACAGCGACGAGGACGAGGAAGAGGAUCGUUGGAGGAGGACUCGAAGGGACGGCGGAAUCCUGCCGGGGAGAGGCGGCGGCGACGCCAGCGGCGCGACGCCCUCGAGAACGAUCUGGAAUUACCGCGAAGGGGUAUGGCACUUUCAUGAGUCAAUUGCUUUCGAUCGUUCCUUUAUGGUUCAGAGGCGCGAGGCGUUUUUCAUAAAUCGCUGGAGGAGAUGA